AUGUCGCGUGCGCUCCAGCUCAAGGAGGAAGGCAAUCGCCUCUUCCAAAAGGGCAACUACGUCGGCGCCGAGAGCCUCUAUUCACAAGCCAUCAUUGAGGACCCCAAGAACCCUGCGCUCUACACCAACCGCGCCAUGGCCCGCCUCAAGCUCUCCCUCUGGGACUCCGUCAUCACCGACUGUCAGUCCGUGUUCGCCCUCCCCGUCGCCGGCGCCGGCGCUCCCGCCUCCCACCUCAAGGCCCACUACUACACGAGCCAGGCGCGCCUCGCCAUCGACGACCCCGACGGCGCGCUUUCCGCCGGCCUCGCCGCCCACGCCCUCUGCGUCGCCACCAACGACAAGUCACUCGCCGCCGUCACCGCCGUUGUGCUGCGCGCGAAGAAGGCGCGCUGGGAGCGCCGCGAGAAGCGCAGGGUGAGGGGGGAACAGUCGCUGGAGAGGGAGAUGCUUGAGCUGCUGAGGGCGGAUGUCUCGGCGGCAGCGGCGGCGGCGGCGGCGGCCGGGGAGGAGGUGGAUGAGACUGAGAGGGCCGCAAUGGAGGAGGAGGCCAGGGAGAAGGAGGAAAGGCUAAUGGCGGUGUUUGAGCGGUCCAGGAAGCUGGCGGGUGAGGGUCUGCGCGAGGUGCCGGACUGGGCGAUUGAUGAUAUUUCGUUUGGCUUCAUGGUUGAUCCGGUCAUGACGAAAACGGGCAAGUCGUACGAGCGCGCAUCCAUCAUGGAGCAUCUUCGACGACAUCCCUGUGAUCCGUUGACGCGAGAGCCCCUCGUCGCAUCCGACCUGCGGCCGAAUAUGGCUCUGCGGCAGGCCUGCGAGGACUUUCUCAAGGACAAUGGCUGGGCCGCCGACUGGUAA